GCGAGCAGUUGGUUUUCUACGCUACUCCGCCAGUGGUUUCGGAAGUUUCCCGGAAGUAGCCGAAGGUUUAGGGGGCUCACGACCGGAUGGACCGCUGAGAGCAACGGUCAGGAGAGCAGAACCCGGGCAGGACAGGGGAUAGUCGGGAUCCGUUUGCCGGGCGGGAAGGGUGGUGCGCAGAGGAUAUGAGAGGAGGGGAGGCAGGGUGUCGUGGAGUGUUAUAGAGAGUGACCCGAGCUGCUUUGUAAUCGGGUAACGCGGGGUGAGAUAGAGGUGGCAGCGUUUUGACCCAGAAGGUGGGGGGGGGGGAGUAGCCACUGAGUACUGACAGCCCUUGUUGAAGAGUUCCCCGAUCUGGGUGACGGGAAGACCGGGAUGUGUUGGAUCGGAUAGUGGGUGACCCCCUCUCUGUCAGCUGCUGUAUAACUCUUCAUGGCUCCCCAGCCUGUGACACCCGAUCUGACCCGGAAGCACACAGGUGGGUGACACCCCCGGGGAGCACUUACCACCUGUUACUGUACAUGAGAGGCAACUCCCCUGCAGAAUAUCAAGCCUACCCCACAAUGCUCCGUCUAUUGUAAACUUCUCUAUGCUCUGACUAUGGGCUCUUUGGGCAGUAAGCUAUUGGGCCAGAAGGCAAUCGAACAGCCGCUUGGCUCAUGUGAUUGCAGGAAGAGGAAGAGAAGCUUGGAGUGUCCAUGUGACAGCGAGACAGACGAGGAGACGGAGAACUUGCUGAACACUCCGCGGAGGAAGAAGUUGAAAAGCACAUCCAAGUAUAUUUACCAGACCCUUUUCCUUAACGGGGAGAACAGCGACAUCAAGAUUUGCGCACUUGACCAAGAAUGGAGUCUGCACAAGAUCUACCUCUGUCAGUCUGGGUACUUCUCCAGCAUGUUUUGUGGUUCCUGGAAAGAAUCCAGUAUGAAUGUCAUAGAGCUGGAGAUUCCUGAUCGCAAUAUUGAUGCAGAAGCUCUGCAGGUGGCCUUUGGCUCGUUGUACAGAGACGAGGUCCUCCUAAAGCCCAGCCGUGUGAUUUCAAUCCUAGCCGCUGCCUGCAUGUUGCAGCUGGAUGGUUUAAUUCAGCAGUGCGGUGAAACAAUGAAAGAGACCAUCAGCGUGCAAACCGUUUGUGGCUAUUCGGCUGCGGCCAGCAUCUACGGAUUAGACAACGUGAAAAAGAAGUGCCUUGAGUGGCUUUUGAAUAACUUAAUGACCCAUCAAAGCGUGGAUUUGUUUAAAGAGCUCGGUAUCAAUAUGAUGAGACAGCUGAUCUCCUCACACGACUUACUUGUUAUGCAAGUAGAGAUGGAUGUGUAUACAACUUUAAAAAAGUGGAUGUUCCUGCAAUUAGUGCCUUCUUGGAAUGGGUCCUUAAAACAUUUGCUGACUGAAGCAGAUACCUGGUUCUCCAAACGCAGGAAAGAAUUAGAAGAGAGAGGCAUCGGUUUCCUGGAGUGCGAGCAGGGUUGCCCAUUUGUGCCAGUUUUUAGACCCUUGAGGUUACAAUACAUCAUCAGCGACCUGGCUUCAGCACGAAUUAUUGAGCGCGACGCAAUCAUCCCUACAGAAUGGUUGUCUUCCAUUUACAAGCAGCAGUGGUUCACCAUGCUCCGUGCAGAGCAGGAUAAUGAUACCGGGCCUCUGGAGAUCAACAAAGAUGAACUGGAAAGCAACAGCAUGAGAUGCGGCAGGAAACUCUCAAAGGAUGGGGAUUACUGCUGGAGAUGGACCGGCUUUAACUUCGGAUUUGACUUGCUUGUCACGUACACAAACCGCUACAUCAUCUUUAAGCGUAACACGUUGAAUCAGCCUUGCAGCGGUUCUGUCAGCCUGCAGCCCACAAGGAACAUCGCGUUCAGGUUACGCUUGGCCUCCUUUGAUAGCAAUGGGAAAGUUAUUUGCAAUCGGACGAGUGGCUAUCAGAUCCUCAGCCUUGAAAAAGAUCAGGAACAAGUCGUGAUGAACUUAGAUAGCCGACUGCUCUUGUUUCCACUUUAUAUUUGCUGCAACUUCUUGUACACAUCACCUGAGAAGAGGAUGGAGGGUGAAGGUCUGAUGGACAACCCUGAGAACUGAACGCAUGGAGACCCAGCCAGAGGAUCUCGUUUUUGUGACUUUUCCAAAAAAAGGGAGUAUUUGCUUUGCUUUGCACUGCUUCGCCAUCUGGUUUCGUUUGGUCCAAAGCCUAUGGUGCUUAACGCUAGAAACGAGCCUAUUGUUCGUUAGCAGGGCCUAAGAGACACGUGGCUCUCAGAAUGUAACCAGCCUUCUUUCCCAGAAGGCCUUGCUGCAGGCUGCCUCGUCGGCUACGUAUAAACGGCCACAAGUGCUUUUUUUUUGUUUUUGUUUUGUUUUUUUACAUAAAGAACUGAUGACAUUUUAAAGCCAAAAGUCCCUGAUGAACACAUCUCCAAUUUUCUCUUUAUGAAGAGUGACAGCAAAUGAUUUCUGUAAUGUAGCAUUUCAGAGCAACUCACAUCUGCCAUGCAGAUUUUUUUGUUUCUUUAGUAGCUAUGUUUUUUUUUGUUGUUUGUAUGUUUUUUGUUUUGUUUGUUUCUCCCCCUCCCCCAAUGGCAUUUCUCCUCUGGGAACAUUCUGAAAUGUAAUCUGUAUAUAUUGUAAAAGUCAUUUGCAGGUGAUGUGAAAAGUCCUUCAUUUAGAAUGUCACCGCUGCAUUCUGUUGCAUCGCACAACUAGAUAAGUUAUUAUACAUAUGGCCGUGUUAAUAACCAUAUAACAAAGAAAAGUGAGCUUAUUAUAGUUCGCCUAAACGCCUUAAAUAUCUUACAAGUCUUUUGUUAAUUACCUCUUUCCAUAACAAAAAAAGUAAUUUAUACCCUUAUGGAUGGCUGAACAGGAAAGCAGAAGCCUUAUAGUGACCUAGCAUCAAAGCUAGAAGAGUUUAACAGACCUCAUGCACAAAAUCCAACGUUUUGUGAGUUCCUGGCUACCUCAGCUUUCAUCUUCAAGUAAGAUCAGACAUUUGACCCGA